UGAACGAUUUUACAUUUUUUGUUCAGCGAUUCAUUUUGUAAAGUUAUCAUAAAAUCAUUAAUUAAUAACAAAAAGCAGAAAAUUCUAAAAUAUAAUUUAUACAGUCACUUUGGAUGUUCUAUUCUCUAAUGAAAAAAUCGUUGCUGAAAUAAAAUAUCUAUAGAAGCUGAUAAAAGAGCGAUAAAAUAACGGAAGCGGUGGCUGCUUGAACAGUAGGGCUGAGUGGAGUGCUGUCAAAAGUGUACGAUAAAACACAGCACGGAGCAUAACAGCCAAAUUGGUGUUGGCUAGUAAUUAGAGCCAUAGGAGACAACACACCACUUUCAACGUUGGCCAUAUAGCACAUACUUUACAACCAAAGAUGUCUAAUAUGUCUGUGGGACAGAUUAUUAUGGACGCACAGCGAAUCGCCAGUCGCGUGAAAGAUUUAGAGAUGUUGGGUAAUGCUUUGUUCGUAGAAGCGGAGGGCAAUAAUCGCUUAGUAGAAAGUUUGCGUCAAUUUCAAGAUGACAUGGACUCAUUAAACCAAAUUUCUAACAAUAAAUCAAAUUCCGAAAUGGUCAAUCGUAUACAACAGCAAAAUGCCACAAGUUCAGAAAUAUUAAAAGAAAAUAGAGAACUGAAAAUAUGCAUUGAAGAUUAUGAACGAACCUUGGAGUUUAUAAUGCAAAAAUAUCGUGAACAUACAAGCAGUAAAAUUCUCGAAAGUAAAAUUAAUUUUAAAGAAGUGUAUAAUGAAGAAUUGUGGUUAAUAAUACGAGAACAAAGAGCUAAAAUCAGGGAAAUGGCAGUUGUUAUGCAGCGUGCCGCCUCGGCAGAUGAUGAUGCGGUACACCGAGAUAUGGAAACCAUGUCUAGACUGCGUAAGGAAAACCAAAUUUUACGUGAAUUACUACAAAUUUCGAAGCAAUUUGGCUCCGCUAGCCAACCCAUACGUAUUAAUGAGCAUAUGUUGGAGGAAAAAGGCGUACAAACAGAUGGUGCUGACGAUUCGGCUGAUGAAUUAUCAUUGUCGGGUGCAUCUAUUGAAAAUUUCAAUAACAAUUCGGUGAUUUCACUGCUACCUAAUGCUGUUGCUGUAGCUAAUGCCAUUGUUAAUGCUACUUCUAGCAGUUCUAAUGCUAACACUGCCGAUAAUAUUAAUGUGAACAAAGGGACGACGACACACACACAUGGUGAAAAUAAUAAUGGACCUUUACCAGGUGAUGAGUCGGUCACUAUUUCAUUUAUGCCUCCAAUAAAUCAUCCGGAUACAGUGCACACUACAACCAACGCCAAUACGGGGAAUACGAGUGUUAUUGAAUCUGCUGCUACUGUUUCUUCAACAGGCUGCCCCACUCCAGCUACGGGGAACACAGCUAGUGCGACAGGCACGACAAAUACAACCGGACCAGUUGAAGCACCGAAAGCUACAACAUGAUAGGGCGGGUAAUGUGGGCGACUACAUCGUAGGCGCCUAUCUUUGGUUUUUUGGCAUGAACAAGUAUACUUUAAUUUAACAUUUUCUUCUGUUCACAUAAUACCCAUAAUUCUACAACUUUUUUUUUAUUAUAUGAAAUUAUAAUCAUAAGCAUUCACUACCACUAACUUAUUAAAUGAUCAUUACUACAACGCAAGGAAAUUUGUAUUUACAUAGCACUUGAAACUGUUACUAAUCUAACAAAACCAAGAUCAACAACAAAUGUGAGUCACAUCUGCCUUUUGGAUGGAUGUGAUGACCAUCUUUAUUCAUAUAUAUAUAAAUAAAUAUACAUACAUAUAUAUAUUUAAAACGUAAAUAAAUUAAUAUGUACAAUA